AUCUUUGUUAGUGAGGGAUAUCAUAGCCAUAUACGUUUGGAAGGGAGCUUUUGGAAAGUUUUUGCGAAUAGCAAAAGGCUGCCAUCAGGACUUCAGUGUUACUAAGAUCAAUUCACAUGAAGUGUCUGGUUGUGCUGCAAGUGUAGUAUAUUAGGGAACAUUAAUUUCCCUUGAAUCCUUAAAUUCAAUCGAUUUCAGGGAACGAGAAAAAGGAAAGCAUAUCCAUUGAUCUCUAGUAUAUGCUUUUGGUCCAAGGAAUUUGGAAGGUUUCCAUUGCAUAAAGCUUUUGGGGAGGAUUUCCUAACCUCAUGGCCAGGGGAUCGGGCGAGCCCCCUCACAAGAUGGCCAAGCUGGACGUUCCACAGCCCACAAAUGUCAUCAUCCAGUUUCAGUCAGACGUUGGGGAGACAGUAGGGCCUCAGCUCGAUGUGCCUCACGAUGUCACCCCAAAGCAGCUGGAGACCCUCCUGAAUGGCCUGCUGAAGCAGGAAGAGAAGCUACCCUAUUCAUUCUUCGUCAAUGAGCAGCAGAUAUCAGAUGAGCUGGGCACACACCUGCUCAAAAACAAGGUGUCUGUGGAGACUGCACUGCGAGUGGUAUACCAGCCCCAAGCAGUGUUCAGGGUGCGGCCAAUUUCGAGAUGCACUGCCUCCAUGCCAGGCCACACAGAGGCGGUGCUUGCAGUGCAGUUCAGCCCGGAUGGCCGCCAGCUGGCGAGCGGCAGUGGUGACACAACGCUCCGGCUGUGGGACCUGGGCACACAGACGCCUCUGCGCACAUGCAAGGGCCACAGGAGUUGGGUGCUGUGUGUUAGCUGGUCGCCAGAUACACAGAUGAUUGUCACUGGAGGCAUGGAUGGAGCGCUGUGGCUAUGGGACCCAAAAUCCGGCAACCCCAUCGGCUGCUGUAAAGGGCACACAAAGUGGAUCACAGCUGUGGCAUGGGAGCCUGCGCACAUGGCCCUCCCCUGCCGGCGCUUUGUCAGCGGCUCAAAGGACACCACCGUCAAGGUGUGGGAUGCACAGACAAGGCGGUGUCUGAUGAGCAUGUCUAGUCACACCCUGGCAGUCACGAGCGUGAGAUGGGGCGGAGACGGCCACCUCUACUCCUCCUCCAGAGACUGCUCCAUCAACGUCUGGGAUGCGCAGGAGGGGCGGUUGGUGCGUAGCUUGAAGGGGCACGGGCACUGGGUAAACACACUGGCGCUCAGCGCUGAGUAUGCUCUCAGGACGGGUGCAUAUGACCACACAGCAACUGCCCCGUCAGAUCCCAAAGAAGCACAGGCCAAGGCUCUCCAACGGUAUGAGACGGCGAGGGCGGGUCGGCCGGAGCGGCUAGCGUCGGGCUCGGAUGACUUCACCAUGUUUCUGUGGGAGCCUGCGACGAGCAGCAAGCCCAUCGCGCGCAUGACCGGCCACCUGCAGCUCAUCAAUCAGGUACAAUUCUCCCCGGACGGCCGCUGGCUGGUAAGCGCGUCCUUCGACAAGAGCAUCAAGCUGUGGGACGGCGUGAAGGGAACGUUCGCAGCCACGUUCCGCGGCCACGUCGGCCCUGUGUACCAGAUCGCUUGGUCGGCUGACUCGCGCAUGUUUGUCUCUGGAUCCAAGGACAGCACCCUCAAGGUAUGGGAGGUGGCGAGCAAGAAGCUGAAGCUGGACCUGCCAGGACAUGCAGACGAGGUGUUCACAGUUGACUGGAGCCCGGAUGGCGGCUCUGUUGCCUCUGGCGGGAAAGAUCAAGUGCUGCGCAUCUGGCGUCAGUAAUGUGCAGCAUGAAGGCAAUGAGAAAUAUCUGCAUGCUUCAAUUUAUUGUUGGGCGUGCGCCCGACAAAGCAUCGUCAUGUGGCAAGCAUGAUUAUUGAACUGCUAUAGCUAGCGAGCGAAAUUGAUGGCCUGUUGCUUGUUUGUACAAUAGAAAUGUAUGAUUGUAUGAAAAGUUGAUGUUGAUGGAGUUGUAAAAUUACCUUUCUGAC